AUGUCUUCAACCGGGUUCGAUAUCUCGAACUUCGAGCCCAAUGCUGUUAUCCGAGGCUUUCAGCUCACCGUGGUAGGAACUGUUCGUGCGCUACAAAAUCCCGAUCUUUUCAAACAUGAACAUUUUCGUCAAGCAGCUUUGGCCAUUGGAGUUGGCAUUAUAAUCCAGCUGAUUGUCCAAAUUCCGAUCAUCGGCCUCAAAUUUUUUCUCUACCUGUGUUCAUGGGUUAUCGACCUACAAAGUGCAACAUGGGACGACGACCUACUCAAAGGCCUGGCAUUCUUGUCCAAUUCUGUCCUUCAAGUCCCAUUUCUCCUAAUGACGUUAAUGGCUCAUCUCACACCAACACUUGAUCAAAUCUUCAUGCAAUCCAUCCACUGGGUGGAUUCAACCUACAUCCAGAAACACAAGUCCGAGGACCCUAACACCUUGCGCGCCAUGUACUACCCCAACCUACAACUCUUUCCUACAAAGGGCGGCCCUCGUGAGUCCCGUCCCAAGUUGGAGAUCUUUAUGAUUUUUGCAAAACGGUACGGUAAAAAGAUCGGCUUGGGCCUGGGAGUCUACUUUUUAUCCAUGGUACCUAUUUUUGGCCGCUUCGUGGUCCCAGCAGCAAGUUUCUUUACAUUCAAAACUAGUGUGGGGACGGGCCCAGCUGCGAUCAUCUUUGGUGCCGGUCUGGUCUUGCCCAAGUCAUACAUUAUUCGAUUUUUACACACUUACUUCGCAUCAAGGAGUCUGAUGCGUGAACUUCUUGACCCAUACUUCCGUCGCGUUAAGUUUACCCCGGAGCAAAAGAGUCGCUGGUUCCGUGAUCGUGCGGGCGUUUUGUUCGGAUUCGCCUUUGCUUUUACGGUCUUGAUGAAGGCCCCGUUCAUUGGCGUGCUUAUCUAUGGCGUUGCUGAGGCAUCUACGGCUUACCUCGUGACUAAAAUUACUGAUCCGCCGCCAUCUCCUGCGGAGAGUGAAGGCUUUGCUGAGAGUCAGGUCACUUGGAAGAAUAAGCAUGACUUCUUGCGUUUGUCACUUGAAAAUAUUGACAAGCUAAACGUUGUUACGGAGGAGGAUGAGAAGAAGGCAUCUGCUCCUGAAUCGAAAAAGUUUUCGUGA